GCAAAGGAAAUGGCGGGUUCAAUUUCAAAUUUUUCAAAGAAACUUCUCCCUUCACUCUUCUGCCUCGUCGUCGUCGGACUCACGCCGGAAGCCCCCGACGUUCAAUCGCCAAGCUGCAGUUCAAAUCUCAGAGAGAUUCUUCCUACUCCGUACUCUGAUCUCUCCGGCCUUGCCUGCUCCCUCAUUUGGCAACAGACGUUUUCCUUCCAUUUUUACCAAGACGAUCAGAACGUGACGACGUUGGUGUUAGCAGGGAAACACGCUUACAGAUGGAUCGGAAUCGGAUUUUCCGGCGACGGAAAAAUGGUGGGAUCGAGCGCCAUAGUGGCUUGGAUAGAAAGAGACGGCGUCUCUGGAUUAAGGCAAUACUAUUUAGAAGGCAAAAACAUGUCCAGAGUCAUACCUGACAAAGGCGAUUUGCAUUUCACCACUGCAAGCCCUGCCGUUGUUGUUCAUGGAGAGCUUCUCUACAUUGCUUUCCAGCUCAAGUUCAGCACUUCCCUAUCUCAUCAGCCAAUUUUAAUUGCCGUCGGCUCUGGAAAUCCCUUAAGAAAUGGCCUUCUCCCUAAACAUGUCAACAGUACCACCACACACAUCGAGUUCAGCACAGGUCGCGUAGCACGGCAACCAAUGAACCCUAGCGACCUAAGAAGAUACCAUGGAAUGGCGGCGGUAAUCGGCUGGGGCAUUCUAACGCCGGCUGGAUUGUUAAUCGCGAGAUACUUCCGCCACGUCGAACCGUCGUGGUAUUACUUUCAUUCUUCAACACAGUUCGUCGGUUUCUUCAUCGGAAUCAUCUCCAUCUCUUUAGGACGCAAUCUGUACCAGAGAACCAACGCCACUUUCCUAGGGCACAAAUUCCUCGGCUACACUGUAUUUUUCCUUGCAGGUCUCGAGGUUUGCCAGUUCAUGGGAAGGCCGUCGCGUGAGUCCAUACGCCGGCAGUAUUGGAACUUCGUUCACUAUUGGGUGGGAAGAACCGCAAUGGUAUUGGGAGUUUCGAACGUUUUCGUCGGCUUCCAUGGAGUCAACGCCGAUCAGGGUUUGAAGAUAUGUUUCUUUGUGGCGUUCGUUACUCUGCUGAUAGCGUUGAUCUUCUUCGAAGGACGAAUGCGGAGAAAAAAUGAGAUUCCGAAAGCCAUUAUUGAUCAACCGCCAGUGUUUCGAGUCGCCGGUCAAUCUUGAAGCCUUUGUAAAAGAUUAUGUAAAUACAAAUUAUGAAUCAUUCACGUUAUGAA